CUUGUUAUAGAGGUAUUGGGUCUUUUUCAGAAAAUUAUUAAUACAUUCGUCAAUAUCUGUAUAGAUUUCUAGCUCAGUGUGCCAGUCAAUGUUUGCUACUGCUGUUGUGAAGUUAUUAAUGGCUGCCUCAUUGUGAAGUCUGAAGGUGACUUUAGUAGUGUCUUGGGGUACUUUACCAAGAGUUGUUAUGAGAAAAGUAGGGUAGUGGUCUGUGGUAUUAUCUGUAAUUAUGCCUGAUUUUAAAGGGGAUAUGGUGUUGGUCCAGAUGUGGUCAAGUAGGGAAACACUAGUCUCUGUAACUCUUGUAGGUUUUGUUACUGUUGGUAGCAACAUACAGUUACUCAUUGUGUUUGUGAAUUCAGUAACGUGUGGGUCCUGGUCUUGCAGGAGAUUUAUAUUGAAGUCACCUGAGAGUAGUAAGUGAUCUUUGUUCAUGCGUGCAUCAGUUAUCAUACUUCCUAGGUUUUGACUAAAUUGGCUAAUGUUUGACUGUGGAACUCUGUAGAUGUUUAUCAAUGUUUAUCAAUGUUUAUCAAUGCUGCAGCUGUUGAUGAUGGUCAAGGCUAUUUACUUCUAACGUCAGGUCCAAGCCUCUUAAAACUAGGCCUUGAAAUAAUGGAUACCCCAACCCACUUGUAUAACUCUUCUGGACAACAUAAUAUUACAGGAAUUGCAGUACAUAUUCCUUUGAAUAUAGUAUAUAUUAGUGACACUAGUGGGUCUAUAUACCAGCUGCUACUGUCUACUUAUAAACAUCGAAUACUUCUGACACAACACCACAUCCAUGGUUAUCCACUAAGUCUCUCUGUUGACUGGUUGUAUGGUUAUCUCUACUACAUUGUUCACCUUGAAUCCCCAAGGGAUCAGAUGUGGCAACUUUGGCGUUGUGAUCUAAUGGGGAAGAAUCCCAUUUUAAUAUAUGGAGAACUUCACUAUGAAGCAAAACAUCUCCAGGUUGAUCCAUAUAAUGGAUACAUUUGGUGGAUCUCUGAGGACCUUGAUAAAGGAUUACACCGCCUUAAUUUGAAUGACGAAUUUUUGGAGGUGGGAGAACCUAUGACUGUUCUGUGGGCAUCUGAUUUAGGGGGACUUGUUCUGGAUCCUCCUAAUUUCCAGGUUCUUGUAGCAGAUCGAAAAAACAAUACAAUGCUGGCAGUGUCACUAGAUGGGACUUCAGUGACAAAUUUAAGGGCCAACACACAGCAAGCUUUCUUCAAGCAACUUCGCUCAGCAUUGCACCUUAAUAGCCGCUUCUUCUGGACAGAUGGCAAUGACGUCUUAACUGAAGAGCUGAAUAAUGGAACAUUUUAUCAUAAUAGUUACCUUGUGAUGAAAGGAGUUAACAUUGGUUGCUUGGUGGCUUUUCAUGGUUCCACACAACCAGUUCCUGUUCCAUUAAAUCCUCCUAGUAACCUCCAGGCAGUGUUUACCCGAAGGUCAGCCACUCUCAGCUGGGAUUCACCGGGUUUACCUGACCUCAUGGGGUCCGGUGCAUGGCAGAAGUGGAAGUAUGAGAUGCACAUCCAAGAAGGACAAAAAAUUAUUUACCAUAAGAAUAUCUCCGACACCUUGUAUCAGGCCAUUAAUCUCAGACCUGGAACAUUCUAUGUUGUCAAGGUGCGAGCAUAUUCUUUAGGAGGAAACGGUCCCUGGAGCCAUGAGUUCCAAGGCUGCACUCUUGAUGACACAGCUUUGGCUCCCAAGUUGAUUUGGGCAGUUGAUAAGGAGAUUCUCCUUACUAAUCUGGCUGGCAGUGAAAGUUCAGUAUUGAUUUCGCAGGACACUCUUCAGACUAAAUUAAAAGAGGGAAAAAUUGCAGAUCUUGCAUUUUUUCGUGAUUCUCUGGUAAUGGCAGUGAAUAACCAGAGUGUUUUUGUAAUGAACCUUACAACAUCAAAAUUCACAGAGAUGCCCAAUACCCAUGGUGUUCUCUCAGUGUCUGUGGACUGGCUUACUCAGCGAUUAUUCUGGGCCAACCCUCACAGACAGAUGAUUGGUUGGACAAACCUGAAUGGAUCAUCUCAAGGUCCUUUAAAUGUUGUGACGGCUGCCAGGGAAGUGCGUGUGGAUGCCCUGCAUGGCCGGCUUUUCUGGACAACGCCUCAUGCACUUUUAAUGUCAACCCUUGCUGGUCGUAAUGUUACAACUAUUCACCAGGAAGGAAUCUUUAGUGGCAAACAAGUUUAUGGUUUGACUGUAGAUUCACAAGGUUCUCGCAUCUGGUGGAUCGUGCGGGAUGCAGAAGGCUGUCGCUUAUUUGGUGCAUCAAUAGGAAAUACGCUGAACAAAUUUCCUUCAAAACUUCUUCCACACACAGUCAAAGUUGGUCCAAUGUGGUAUCUGAGUGAGCGUCUGCUGUGGCUCGGAGAAGACGGAGAUGUAGUUGUCUCGGAUACCAACCUCAACAACUCUGCCGCUAUUCACACUUCGAAUUUAGGAGUUUCCCAUUUCAUUGUGGUACUUCCAGACCUACAGCCUGUUCCAGAUGGUGUUGAAAGACCAGUUGUAACUCCAGGUCUGAUUGAUGCAAAUUCACUUCUAGUGAAAGGAACCUGGACAAUUUUUUCUCUCGAAUGGAAUCCCAUCACUAAUGUUAUUUUUGGUUGCCUUAUGUAUGAAGUCAUCAUUGACAAUGGCAAAACAAAAAAGCAUUUCUCACGAAUGAAACUAAACAUUCCCUACGAAGAUGUACUGCCCCCGUAUUCUUCUCUCAAGGUAUCAGUAAGAGGCAUUACAGACUGGAGUGCAGGUACCCAGCUUUUGAAAAACCUUCAUACACCAGCACACUUACCCGAAGCGCCUCAAGACCUGCGGACAUUUGUACAUAAAGUUCAGGAUUCAGUUGCGAAGAUCUACCUACGUUGGUCUCCUCCAGAAAAACCAAAUGGCGAAAUAAUUAAUUACAAGAUACUUUACUGCACUGCAGAAGUUGAAGAGAAAUGCAAAAGUGAAAUUGUGAAUGGCAAGGUGUUCCAGUUAACAAUUGAAAAUCUGAGUUCUGACCAUUUAUAUAGGUUCAAGGUUGCUGCAAUCAAUGAGAUGGGAAAAGGGCCUUAUAGUUUUGGAGUAACAGAAUCUCUCCAGCAGCACAAGCCAACUCCAUCUCUCCUCGUGGUCAGUGACAAGUCUCUUAUUAAGCUUGAUGCAGACCUUCAAGAGGAGGUGGAGGUAUUAAGUGAGAAUUCCAGAGUACAGUGGGCAACACCUUUACUAAAGAAUUCCUCCUUUGCAUGGAUGGAUAUGAAUUCAGAUAUAUAUUUAACUGACAUGAAGACAAACUCUACUGAGAGGCUUUUGCGGCUUAAUGAUGAAGGUGUUGGGUUGGCAGUAGACUGGAUUGGUGAAGUGAUUCUCUGGGCUGAAAGAGAGUCAGGAAAGAGUGGGCAUAUUAAGACUUUCAAUACUGACCAGAAAACUGAGACAUUGGUUACAUUAUUAAACAUAACAGGCAACAUCAAGAAAUUCUUACUGUCUCCAAUGACCAGUCAGGUGUUCCUGCUACAUGAUGGUCAUAAAGAUCUCCAGCUACUAAGUAUGAGGCUCUCAGUUAACACACUACAGAAUGUUUUCAGUGAAGAGAGGAGUUCAGAUUGUAACUGCAUGACAACUCAGACUGGCGGAGGCAUUGCACUGGACACUUUAAAUACAUCUGAUCUCUCUCUAUAUUUUGUUGCAUCUCAGCCACCUCUGGAGCCUCUCAAAACUACAACUGUUUAUAAAACUGAUCUUUCUGGAUGUUUUUGUGAAGCCAUUUUUGUGCCCGAAGACUAAGGAUAUGGUAAACUGCAGUAUGAAUCAGUUGAUUAUGCUUAUCUAUACUGUUUUAUAGCAAGUAAUCAGACUCUUCUGUGGCUGCCUAAAAGGGGUAUAGAAAAACCUAAAGACUUGCACUCUCAGCCACUGCACAAUACAACAUCUCUUAUUCCAGUUGAUCUUGCUAUAAAACCUAUGCCAGAUGCAGAAUGCUUAGUCACAUCCAAUUACACAGAAGCUCCCACAAAUGCUGGCACAACAGAAACAGUUAUUGCCAUACAGUUGACAGCUCCAGAAGCUAAGACAGAUAACUGCAGAUUGAUAAUUCCACCACCUGUUACCUACAUUGGAUAUUAUGCUCCUGUAACACACAAUGAGUCAGUCUCCUGCUUCACUGAUAUAACUCACUGCCAGUAUAUGAAGAGUAUGAGAAAUGUCAUAAGAGUAACUGGACUGCAGCCAUACACUCAGUAUGUGUUUCGUGGUGCCAUAGAGACAAUCUAUAACAAAAGAAUGGGAAUCAAAUCUGUAGCAGGUCCUGCUGCCAUAUUUAAAACAAAGACCAAAGCACCAGAGGGUGUAGAAGUAACAGCUGAAGCACUGUCUCCAGAAGAAAUUAAAGUGACUUUUAACGUCAGUGAAGGACAGAUGUGCGAAGUUUAUUGGCAAAGAGCAGACACCAACCUUGGCCCCAUUCAUCCCACAGUUAACAGCAUGCAGGAAAUAUCAGUCAGAAUUAACAGACUGCUUCCUAACACUAAAUAUGAGGUCUGGGUAAGAGUCUAUUCCCAAGAUAGACUUGUGCAUACAAACAGUCCACGAGUGACUGUCAUCACCCUUCCUGAACUACCACACAUCAGAUUGAAAAAUGCAACCGCACGCACACUUUUCAUUAACUGGAAGGCACCAUCAGACAGAUCUGUUUUGCGACAUGCUUUUCAGUAUACAGCCUUUGGUGACAGUAUCUGGGAAAAUCUCACCAUGGAGCAAACAACUGCUGGACAAACCUAUUUUGCCAACAUCAUUCAUCUGGCACCUGCCACCUCAUACAUAUUUAGAGUUCAGGUUAUAUACAAUAAUACUUACUACAGUUACUGGCCUGAACAACCUCUCUUUAAUUUUUCCACAUUGGCUGAGAUUCCAGGUGAACCAGGACAAGUGAUGCGGCAGCAGGUGGGCAGGGUCUUGCCUGGCAGGGGCUUGAGGCUCUGGUGGAGUGAGGCAAAACCAAAUGGUGCUCCAGUUAUUGCAUAUACCCUGCAAGCUUCCCUCUAUAAUUCCAAUGACUUUGACAACAAUAUUACCUAUGCUACCAUAUAUAAUGGAUCGGAUAAUUAUUGGCUUAUCAAAGGAUUAGAAGCAGAAUCCAGUUACAUCUUUCGAGUCCGUGCCAUAAAUGAACUUGGAGCUGGCCCUUGGGGAGAAGUCAAUGUGAUUGACACAGUAGUUGGGGCAACCAUGCUGACACAGACUGAUCUCCCUACAAUUCUUGCAUCAACUAUACCAACAUCUCUGAUUUUUUUUGGAGUGUUUUUUACAAGUCUUAUAUAUGGUAUGAAACGAGCAGAGAGGAGGAGUUGGAAAGUUAAAGCAGCUUCUCUGAAUGAUUCUCACCACCACCACCACCACCACCACCCACAAUCUCGUGAAGUAGAAUUAGCAACUCUUCGACAGUUUCCAAUAAAUAAUAACUUUGUUACAGAAAAUAAUGUUCUCUAUAACCUUCACACUUUCCCAGGCGAUGACCUGGAUCUGCCCCAUGUGUCACGGCAUUGUAUCAACCUCACCAAGUUUCUGGGUUGUGGAACGUUUGGUGAAGUAUUUGAAGGGACAGCCUGUGGACUGCCAUGUUUACCUGAGGUCACAAAGGUGGCAAUUAAGACUCUCCGUAAAGGAGCAACAGAGACAAAAAAAGCUGAGUUCCUGAAGGAGGCUCAGUUGAUGAGUCACUUCCAGCAUGAACAUAUCUUGCGUCUUCUGGCUGUAUGUACAGACCAUGAUCCUUUAUUCCUUAUCCUUGAACUGAUGGAAGGUGGCGAUCUUCUGUCCUAUCUUCGUACAAGUCGUGGAGUUGAGUGUAGCUUGACAUUAGCAGACUUUGUGGCCAUGUGUCUAGAUGUGGCUAAAGGCUGUGUGUAUUUGGAAGAAAUGCACUAUGUCCACCGUGACUUGGCUGCAAGGAAUUGUCUUGUCUCAACAACUGACCCUGAAUCUCGUAUAGUAAAAAUUGGUGAUUUUGGGCUAGCCAGAGAUAUAUACAAAAAUGAUUACUAUAGAGAAGAGGGAGAGGGGCUGUUACCAUUGAGGUGGCUGUCUCCAGAAUCUCUGGUUGAUGGAGUGUUCACAAGUCACUCUGAUGUUUGGGCAUUUGGAGUGCUGUUGUGGGAGAUCUUGACUCUUGGACUGCAGCCAUACCCUGCACGCACCAACCUUGAAGUGCUACAUUAUGUCAAGGGCGGAGGUCGCCUUAAUCGUCCUCCCAAUUGCCCAGAGGAACUCCAUAAACUGAUGGAGCGAUGUUGGAGCUACAGUCCUGAGAACCGACCAACUUUUAAAGAAUGUCUUAGAGCACUAUUGAUGUUGGAGGAAACUAUCUCAGCUUUGCCAGUUCUUGCAGUUCACAAUGUUCACUAUAUUGGUUCAAAUGGUGAAUGCAGCCUUGAUAACCUGGCUUAUGCUGAAGAUCGUGAUGAGAAUUACAACACUAACUCAGGUGGUGAAUUUUGUUUUCAUUUAGGCAGCUAAUUCUUUGACAGUAAAGUAGAAUAAGUUCACAAUUUUGCCAUUAUAUUCCAAAGCUCAUCUAUUUGAUUACCACUUUAUUGUUCACCACAACUUAUAUUAGUCCCUUUUAUAUUAUAAUUUUAUACUAUAAUUCUAACUUUAAAGAAUUACCUUUAUAGUACUACCUACUAUCAUAUUCCCAAGCUCCAUUAUUUGAUCAUCACUUUAUUUGUAUUAGUCCCUUUUAUAUUGUCUCCUUUAUUUUAGCUUAAAAAAAAAAAAAAAAAAAAAAAAAACUACCUUAGCUCAUUAUUUUACAUUUGUUAAAUAAUUUAGGUGCUAUUUUUUAGCUUAAGACUAUUUACUUUGUUUUAUACUUAAUUCUAACUAUAGAUUCACUACAAAUCUUAUGAUUACAAGCAUUGAUCCUGAUACCAACCUCUUAUUUAAUGACUUAAAUGAAUCAAACAGUUACUGUAAUUACUACACUGCAGAACAAUCAAAGGCACUUCUCAGUGCCAACAACAACAUAACUAUCUUUAACUACAAUAUCAGAUCUUUAAGCAAGCAUUACGAUGACCUCAUAGCAUUACUAAAUUCCUUACAUGCCAAUAUGU